AUGGACGAGGCACCGCACGCACAUGAGAAGCUCGUCGCAAAAUCCAGUCGGCACAGCGAUGACCCGGAAACGGGUCUCAGCACUCCCAUCAGCACUCCCAGCAGCAGUUCCAGUGAGGCCAGCCUCGACAGCCACGACGACCCCAUAGUAGCUGCAAUGGGCAACGAGCAGAACGUGGAGCCAAUCGAACCAGCUGCCAAUCCAUGUGCUCAGCCAAGAACCUUUCUUUUGGAGCCGCUGAUUCUAAUUCUGCUCUUCGCCUACAAUUUCUCAUCAACCAUAUUGAAAUCUCAAAUCAUCUAUCAGAGCUGCACGGCGGGUUUUGGUUAUCCGGAAGCGGUCUGCAGCUUGCUGGGCACCAAAAACGCCAACAAUGAGACCAAACGUAUUGAAGCCGAGGUCCAGCCAUAUGCAGCGCGUGUAUUCCUGACCAUCAAGAUCGUCGAGUGCAUUGUUCCAGCCUUUUGUGGCUUGUUCGUGGGCGCCCUGGCGGAUCGCUAUGGACGCAAGCCCCUGUUGCUGGCUUCCUAUUUGGGCUAUGCACUGCAGUACAUACUUUCAGCUUGCAUUGCCUAUCUGGCCAUGCAGCUCAAUGGCCUGGUCAGUCCUUGGUUCUAUGUGAUCACCAUAAUUCCACUCUCGUUGCUGGGCAGCAGCGUGACCUACUCCGUGGCCGCGGUUUGCUUCAUAGGCGACGUCUCCACGGGCAAAAUGAGAUCCUACAGAAUGAUCGCCUACGAGCUGUGCAUCUAUGUGGGCUUACUGUUUGGCAGCUUUGCCUCUGGCUACGUUUACGAGGCGACCAAUGCUUACAUCAUCUUUGUCAUAUCGGCCUGCUCCAUAUUAUUUGCCCUGUUCCUGAUGGCCGUCCUGCUGCCCGAGAGUCUGACCCAGCGGCAGCUGUCCGAGGGAUUUGUGCUGCUGGAUUUGUGGCGAAGCAGCGCGAGAGCACGCGAGCACAAGGAUCGUUCCAUACUGGUGCUGCUCAUCUGUGUAUUGCUGCUAACGGCAUUUGUGUCUGAUGGCAGCAAUUCGGUAUUCUAUAUGUUUAUGCGUGCCAAGUUCCAUUGGACGGUGCGCGAGUUCACAAGCUACGAGUCGGUGAGCAUUUUGGUGCCAGCCGUGGCUGGUUCCGGCGGCAUAUUGUUUCUAUGGUCGCUGCGCCAGUGCAGCAAGUCGGCAAUUCUGUGGCUGGCCCUCAUCUCGCUGCUGAGUCAUGCGGCGAGCAGUCUGAUGAAAGCGUUCGCCUUCGUCGACUGGCAAAUCUAUCUGGCCAUUGGCUUGGGCAUAUUCAAAUCUCUGGUGAAUCCCAUGUGCCGCACCAUGAUAACGAACCUGUUGCCAGGCGAGGAGCGCGGCAAAGUCUUUGCGAUGCUUAGCGUGCUGCAGACGCUCUCCCCGUUCGCCUCCUCCACACUGUAUAUAAUAUUUUACACGCUCACAUUGAGCAGUGCGCCGGGUUUGUUCAAUCUAAUCAGCGCCAAUUUAUUUGGACUCGCGAUUAUUUUGCUGCUCGUGGUCUGGCGCAAGAAAGCCUCGCAUCCCGCACACUACGAACCCAUUUUCAAGUGAUAUCUCAACCAUAAAGCUGAUAUUAAGCAAAAAAGAAAAGAAAGAACUGAAUUCGCCAGUCAUUCGGCAAAUUCGCACAUCAAUUAUACAAAUUGGCUAAUAUGCCAUAUACAAAUAUCUAUUUACGUAUUUGCACAUUAUAAACAAAAAAAAAACCACCAACCAAUGUGUGAAGUCUAGAUGUGUACUUAAAGGGGGAGUUUUUUAUUGACCAACAUUCGGUACCAUAAAAAAGCGGACACACAGGCAAAUAACAUGUGUAAUUGCGCUUGCCAUUUGCCACAUUUUACAUUAAUUUAAAAAAAAAUCGAAAUAUUACUAAACAAUUUUCGAUUCGACUUCAGAUAUGGGUUAAUAUAACAGCACGCUUCGACGGGCUGCUACUCUGUUAAUUUCCAGGC